GUUUUUUUUGUGAUGGGACAUUUGGGGCUACAAAUACAUCUGUCCUGCAGCCUUGUCCAAAGGGACAUUAUUGUCCGCAAGGAACAGGCUAUGCCAAACAAUUUCCAUGCCCAGCGGGCACCUAUAACCCCUACGAGCACAUGGAGAGCCAAAGUGCCUGUCUUUUUUGUCCAUCAGGACAUUUCUGUCCGGGUGUGGGACUGGAACAACCCGCAGGACUGUGUCUGGCUGGUUUCUGGUGCAAACAGGGCUCUCCAUCACCCAGUCCUUUUGGCACUGAAUGUCCACUUGGUCACUACUGCCCUAAAGGUACUACCAAUCCUUUACCUUGUCCGGUGGGCACGUGGUCUAACAGCACAGGACUCAAAAGUGUUGAGGAGUGCCCGUCAUGCCCUGGAGGGUUUUAUUGUGCAUCCACUGGCCUUACUGAGCCCACCGGUCUCUGUUCUGAAGGCUUUUAUUGUGCUGCGAAAGCAGAGACACCCACUCCUACGGACGGGAUCUCAGGCCAUGUCUGCCCCGAGGGUCAUUAUUGUCCUCCUGGAACCACUCGCCCUGUGCCAUGUGAUCCAGGGACUUUUAUUACAGUCACUCAGGGCUCUCAAUGCUGGGCCUGCACUGCUGGCUGGUACUGUUUGGAUGGGGUACUGCACUUGUGCCCAGCUGGUUUUUAUUGUCCUGAGGGAACGGGGUAUGACUGGAGACCUUGUCCAGCAGGGACAUACAGUCCUGAUUUUGGCCUGAGUAGCAUCUCUCAGUGUAGAGAAUGUGAUGAAGGACACUACUGCUCUCUUCUGAACUCAACCUCAGUUUCGGGAGAAUGCUCGGCAGGAUAUUACUGCUCACAUGGGAACAUCUCACCUCAACCUCUCACAAAAUCUGCAGGUGUGGGAGGACCCUGUCCCAUGGGUCACUUUUGUGCACAAGGCACCGCUAAACCCCAACCUUGCCCACAAGGCACUUUCAGCAACAAAACCAAACUGGUCAAAGUGGAGGAUUGUUUGCCGUGUCCCGCCGGUCAUUACUGUGACAUAUCUGGGCUGACUGCACCCAGUGGAGAAUGCUGGGAAGGUUUUUACUGCAUACAUGAAGCUAUACUCCCCAACAGCCCAAUCACAGAUCACAGAGGAGGACCGUGUCCGACAGGUUAUUUUUGCUCUAGAGGCUCAGCCGUUCCUCAAGCCUGUCCAGAAGGAUCCAUCAGCAGCAGAGAGAGGCAGGCCAGCUGCAGUUUGUGUCCUCAGGGUUACUACUGUCCUGCCAAUGGUUCUUUCACCGAGGGCAUUGCAUGUCCAGUGGGUCAUUAUUGCCCCAUAGGCACUCACCAACAAAAUCAGCACCCUUGCCCAGCAGGGACCUUUAAUCCUCAUACAAGAAUGGCCAGUGAUCAAGACUGUUUACCCUGCCCUCCAGGAUUUUUCUGCGAGUCUCCUGGACAGAGUGCUGUGUCUGGACCAUGUGUAGCUGGACACUUUUGUCUCUCAAGAGCUGUGUCCCCCGCACCUGUGGAUGGAGAAACAGGUGGCAAAUGUGCCCAGGGACACUAUUGUCCGGUAGGGUCCUCAUAUCCAGAACCAUGUCCACCGGGCUUUUAUAGCAACAGCAGUGGGAACACUAAGCAGUCUGACUGUUUGCCCUGCCCUGCAGGAUUUGCUUGUUCCAGCAGGGGGCUCUCCUCUCCUUCUCAUGUGUGUCAGAUGGGCUACUUCUGCCCAUCGGGUCAAAAUUCCAGCCAGCCUGCCCAUUACAUCUGCUCACCUGGGCAUAUGUGUCCACCUGGCAGCACCACACCCAUCCCCUGUCCCAUUGGGACUUAUCAGAAUUUAAAGGGACAGGCAGAAUGUUCUGUCUGCCCGGCUGGAUUUUUUUGUGCUGGAUCUGACACAGCGAUAGGUGGAACCUCCACACCUGUGCCUUGUCCUGGGGGAUAUUACUGCCCUGCGGGUGCAAAGUCAGGAAUGAGCUUCCCCUGCCCUGUGGGCACUUUUAAUGGUCAGUUAGGCCUGUCCAAUGUGGAUCAGUGUGUCCCCUGCCCCCCUGGUAAAUACUGCAGUUCAUCUGGCUUGGACGCCCCAACGGGUAACUGCUCUCCAGGUUUUGUGUGUAACCAGGGUGCAUCUCUAUCGGAGCCAGUUGGAGACUCCACUGGAAGCAGAUGCACAGCUGGCUUUUAUUGCCCGGCGGGUGCCAAGCAUACGGAGCCCUGUCCUCCAGGCACAUUUGGUUCAAUAGAAGGAGCAUCAUCUGUACAGAUGUGUCAGCCGUGUACACCGGGGCAGUACUGUGCUGAAUCUGGCCUGAGUUCACCCUCUGGUCCCUGUAGUCCAGGAUAUUACUGUAUUCAAGGGUCACACUCCCCUACACCUCAAAAUUACAAUGACUCUGAAUGUAAAGUAUCUGGGACGAUUCGUUCAGUCGGGCAGGUCGAUCCUGAGAUUCGGUUCAUUGGGGAUGUCUGUCCUGCAGGCCACUACUGCCCGAUGGGAAGUACACAACCAGAGCCCUGCCCACCAGGUACCUUCCUGGGCCGAUGCGGUGCUAUGUCUGAGACAGACUGCCAUCCAUGUACCCCUGGAUUCUACUGUCCAGAUUGGGGUGAGAGCUCUGUGAUGCUCUGUCCUGAGGGUUGGUUCUGUCCAGCCGGUUCUGUAACAGGACAUCAUCCUGACCGCAUGUGUCCGCCUGGCCACGCUUGUCCAUAUGGCAGUGUCGAUCCCAUCAUAUGUCCACCUGGUACUUAUCAGCCUUUGCCUAUCCAGCCUUACUGUCAACCAUGCCCACCAGGAUUUUACUGUUUGGAGGGUAGCUUUGCCCCUCUGCCCUGCCCUGCAGGUACUUUGAGUAUGGUUGAGAUGUUGCAUUCUCGUCUGGACUGCACUCCAUGUCCACCAGGGUACUACUGUAACGUCAGCGCAUUAACCCGUCCUUCAGGUCUCUGCUCUGCAGGUCAUUUCUGUUCAUCUGGUGCAACUGAGCCUGCCCCCGUCUCACAGAUGUUUGGAGAUAUUUGUCCAGCAGGAUACUACUGCCCCGAACAGAGCAGCACUCCGUUUCCCUGUCCUGUUGGGUUCAUUCUUACAGACAAAGGGGGCACUUCUUUAAAAGACUGCACCCCUUGCCCUCCAAGCAGAUAUUGCAUUGCACCAGGAUCCUCUCAACCUUCAGGGUUUUGCGCACCUGGGUACUAUUGCGUUGGAGGUGCGCACACUUCAGCGCCCCAGGCAGUGCCCUCUCAGCAAACCUGCUUUUGUGACCUCACACCAGUGCCCCAACUUCAGAAGUAUGAUCUUUGCAUGAAAAAGCACAACCUAACCUGCUCGGUUCACACUCGUGAUGCUGCUGAAAUCUGGACUGCUCUGGAUCUCAGGCCCGCAUUGGAUGAAGCCCAAUCUGAGCUUUAUAGGGAAUCAUCUCAGGAUAUUACAAAUGCAUGCGCUGGCUUCAAAGGAGACAUUUGUCCUAUAGGAUCAUAUUGUCCUGUGGGUUCGAUGCUACCUCAACCCUGUGAUGCUGGCUCUUAUUGCAAUCAGACUGGACUACACACUCCUGUAGGUCUAUGCUUUGCUGGAUUCUACUGUCCCACAGGCUCCUCAGAUCCAAACGCUGUGUUAUGUCCCUCUGGACACUACUGUCCCCGUGGCACACCAUUACCCCUGCCCUGCCCACAACGGACACUGAGAAGUUCUCCUGGGGGAUCUAGUGUUGAAGACUGCCAACAGUGUCCACCUGGGUAUUUCUGUGAGCAUAUAGGCCUAACAGAGCCAUCGGGUUUGUGUUCAGAGGGAUAUUACUGCCCUGGAGGACAAAACUCAUCCAGACCAGCAGAGUAUCUGUGUGGUGCGGGUCACUUCUGUGAAAGGGGAAGCGUAAUUGAGAGACCAUGUUUCCCUGGAAGCAUUCAGCCCAGUGUAGGUCAGCACAGAUGUGAGCUGUGCCCUGCCCGCUUCUUCUGCCCUGAGAGUGGAAUGAUACACCCCACCCCAUGUCAGCCUGGCUUUUAUUGUUCAACUGGUUCAGCCAAUCAACAUCCAUGUCCACCAGGGACAUAUGGAAACCAGUCUGAAUUGGCAGAAUCUUCUGAAUGCUCUCUGUGUGACCCUGGAGCCUUUUGUAUGGGGCCAGGCAAUAACUUCCCAACUGGCCCUUGCAGUGCGGGAUUCUUGUGUUUUGAAGGGGCCUCGGUUCCAUCACCUACCGAUAAUAAAACUGGAAUGACGUGCCCGUCUGGUUUUUAUUGUCCUGCUGGUAGUUUCGCACCUAUACCUUGUCCCAAGGGCACAUUUAGCAGUCAGCUUCAACUGUCAGAGCUCGAUCAGUGCCAAAACUGUACACCAGGGUUUUAUUGCUCAGAGUCAGGUCUGAGAGCAGUCAGUGGACCCUGCUUGCCAGGGUUUUAUUGCAGUGAAGGAUCUCCAACUGCAGCUCCUGUUUCGGCCGUGUUUGGAGAUGUUUGCCCUCCAGGUCACUAUUGUGAGAUUGGGAGCCCUGUGCCAACUCCCUGUGCAUUGGGCAGCCAGCGUUCUGAUACUGGGGGAAAGGGUGCAGAGGACUGCAUGCCUUGCCCUGCAGGGCAGUUCCAGGAUCAGAGAGGGCAAAGGGAAUGUAAACCUUGUCCCCCUGGGUUUCACUGCACCAACAUCACUGGGGUCAGCACACCUCUCAUCUGCCCCAAAGGCUACUACUGCCCCAAUGAGACUCAGACUGGACACCCAGUUCCAUGUCCCAAAGGAACAUACAGUGAUUUUGUAGGCCUUGUGACAGCAGAGCAGUGUCUGGUGUGUCCCAUGGGCCUUUUCUGUGGUUCAGAUGGACUUUCUGAGCCUUCUGGGCCGUGCGCUCCUGGAUUUAUCUGUUUUAUCCAGGCCACAGUUCCCAACCCCAAUGACAAUAGCACUGGUACUCUGUGUCCUCCGGGUGCAUACUGCUUACUGGGAAUAAGAGCAGGUGAAUGUUCUGCAGGCUAUUACUGUGACUGGGGCUCCAGCAGCCCGGAGCAGAGACUCUGUCCUGCCGGCUUUUAUUGCCCCACAGGCACCCCAAAGCCCCUGGCCUGCAUUUCAGGCACUUUUAGCUCAGUCAUGGGCAACAGCCACAGAGAAAACUGUGAGCCAUGUCCUGUAGGCUUCUACUGUCAGGGGGAAGGAGUGUCAGACCCUCUUCCCUGUCCACCAGGAUAUUUUUGCCCCUCGGGUACAACACAGGGCACUCAGUUCCCCUGCCCUUUAGGAACAGUGCAGCCCCGGCCUGGGUCAGCUGGUAUAGAUGAAUGUUUACCAUGUCCUCCAGGCAAGUUCUGCGCUCGUCAUGGUCUCUCAGAGCCCACGGGGAGUUGCCAGGAUGGAUAUCACUGCCCUUCAGGUGCCACCAGUCCAAACGGCACUGGAAACAUGAUUACAUCUACAGGCAACAGCAUUUGCCCGGCUGGUCAUUAUUGCCCGACUGGUAUCAGUACGCCCCUCCCAUGUCCUAUUGGAACAUUCUCCAAUGCCUUGGGGUUGAGCAUGGUGAAGCAGUGCCAGCCGUGCCCUCCAGGGUUUUCCUGUGAGGAGCCUGCAAUGGUCCAUCUCUCAGAAGCAUCUCUCUGUGAUGCUGGAUAUGUGUGUAUCAAUGGCAGUCGUAGUACUAGACCAGUAGAUGGACUGCAAGGUUAUAUCUGCCCUAGCGGACACAGCUGCCCCAUUGGUUCCCCACUUGAAGUACCAUGUGAACCUGGGACAUACAGUGCUAGUCCUGGGGCUACCCACUGUCUCACAUGCCCAGCUGGUACAAUGUGCCCCUCUACUGGCACAAAAGAGCCUUUGCCAUGUCCUAUAGGUCAUUUUUGUCCUACUGGCACUGCUUUGGCUCCGCCCUGCCCCGUUGGCACACUGGGUCAGGUUACCAGGGCUCAGUCCGAUGCAGCCUGUGUGCCAUGUCCUACCGGCCUCUACUGCAGUUCACCUGGUUUAUCUCAACCGCAAGGCCAAUGCCAGCAGGGUUAUUUCUGCCAUGGAGGUUCUGCGUAUCCUGCACCCUUGAUUUCGACUGGCUACCUUAGGAAUGGGCCCUGCCCACGUGGUCACUUUUGCCCUACUGGAGCCCUGACGCCUCUUCCCUGCCCAGUAGGCAGCAUUCGUAACCUCACUGGGGGUUACUCCAUAGAAAGCUGUCUUCCCUGCCCAGCAGGGCACUAUUGUGCCAGCGAGGGUCUGGAUUCUCCAACUGGCCCCUGUGCUGCAGGCUUCUACUGCCCUGUAGACUUUUCCUCAACCACCCCACAUGCAUUCCUCUGCCCCAAGGGCCAUUAUUGUCCUUUGGCCUCACCUCUGGCCUUGCCCUGCCCCACGGGACAGUACCAGCCUAAUCCAGGCUCUGACACGUGCAUCCCCUGCCGUCCAGGCUUUUAUUGUGAGGAGGCAAUUAUUGGAGACCCUCGGCCGUGCCCACCACACUCCUACUGCCCUGCAGCCACCAUGAUUCCACAACCCUGUCCGAAUGGCACAUACACCCCUCCUGAGGCAAGGGGUCUGCAGGAGGAAAGAGAGUGCUUGCCAUGCCCACCAGGAAGAUUCUGCAGGGCCGGCCAGGUGAAAGGUCUGUGUGCUGCUGGAUUUUUGUGCAUCUCUGGUAGUUCAGAGUUCACCCCACAGGGCUCUGUUCAGCUCAGUGAGGAUCAUUGUGAAUGGGGGACGCCGUGUGCUGGACCCUGUCCUGCUGGAUUUUAUUGUCCUGAGGGUACAGAAAAGCCCCUACCUUGCCCUGCUAAUACUGUAAGACAGACCCCUGGAGCAAUUGCGGUACAUGACUGUCUUGUCUGUCCUCCAGCACACUGGUGUAAAGAGGGUGAUUCGAUCCUGCACAUGUGUCCACCAGGCUAUUACUGUGAUGGCAUAGCUGAUUAUGAGUCUAAGGGAAGGCCGGGGCCCAAAGAAUGUCCCCUAUUUACCUACAGACCUACACCUGGGGCGGGAAGCAAAGGGGACUGUCUCAUCUGCCCACCUGGAACCUUCUGUAACACCACAGGGCUUACUAACUUUUCAAGCUUCCUGUGCCCUCCGGGUCACUGGUGUAGUGGGACAGGUUUCCCAGUGCUUUGCCCUGCAGGCUCCUUCAGGGCACAGCCAGGGGCAGCUUCUGCCAGCCAGUGUAAUCUUUGCCCUCCUGGUACCCACUGCCCAGACCCUCGCGUCACAGGCCAGCCUAAUACAGCAGGCAUCCCUUGCAGAGCUUCUUACGAAUGUCCUAUAGGUUCAGUGAUGGAGAUUCCUUGCCGAGCUGGCUCAUACUGCAGAGCUCAAACUGGUGUGCCCACGCCAUGCCCUGCAGGUUACUACUGUCCUGAAAGAUCUCACACCUACAACUCACCUCAGCAAGUAUGUCAUUUUCCAUAUUACUGUCCAGCCAACAGCUCUGCUAUGCUGACUUGUGCUGAUGGCUGGAUGCCGUUGAACACCAGCGGGUUAAGGACAUCUCAGGAGAGCAGUUGUGUGAUCUGUGUCGCUGGCACCUACCGACCCAGCCUGUCCUCGCACCUUCACUGUCUCCUUUGCCCUCCAGGAUAUCACUGCCCACCAGGCUCACACCAUUAUAAUGGCCAGUCAUGUCCAUUGGGGUACGUUUGUCCGCAAGGCACAUCAGAUCCUAUCCCAUGUCCACCUGGCUUAUAUGGAAACCACACUGGUGCCGAAUCACUGCAGGAUUGUCACAAAUGCCCACCGGGCACCUACAAUUACCUGUAUGGCCAGAGAGCCUGUUUUCCCUGCGGGAGCUCAUCCACCUCGGCUGCAGGGGCGUCCUCUUGCACCUGUGUUGGCAAGAACCGUGCGUUUCAGCACUCGGAUGGGUCAUGCUUGUGUAAAACAGGAUUUGUUUUCUAUAAUGAACUGGACUUCAAAAUCUCCACUGCGGACAGUGAGUUUAACUGUCAACCUGAGGUGAAGAAGCGCUGUUGGGCUGGGCAAGUGAGAUUGGCCUCUUCAUUGGACUGUGUUGUGCCAUCUUCCUACUCUUGUAACGUGACAUGCGGACCUCAGGGUGGGAGUUUGGAUGUUGGGAUGGGCAUAUGCCAUUGUGAGAGGUAUGUGUCUGUAGAGGAGAUAUGUGACUCCUCAUGUCUGUCUACACUGCCUGUGCUGUCAGCCAGGCUGCUUACUGAUGGACAGCUGCUGUUGCGAAUCAAAGCAUCAGAUGAAAGCAGGACCUGGAGCAAGAAUAUGGUAAAUGUACUAGGACCUGACAUCCACAUCAAGAACAUCGGCAGGAUCCACUUCGCCCAGUUCGCUCCUGAUGGAGUAUUUGGUUGGAUUUUAAAAGACCCCGAUCUCAUUGAGUCUAUACUGUCAGAAACAGUUGACAUUCUGGAGAGAGAUGUUAGGAGGAAAAGACAUGUUGAUCAAAAUGAGAUUUCCAAUCAUCUUCCACGAAUUCCAAAUCCGAUAGCCUGUCUGUCUCCGAAUGACAUGCUCAUCUUUCAACUCACUAUCAACCACACUGAUCGCCGCCACAGCCACUUUCCAGUGUACCUGAAGGAUCAUCUGUUCAGCAGCAACCCUGGUUGGGACUUUGGUGCCUUCAGACGUCUAGAGCAUCUCCUCAAACACACGCAGCUAAACUCCAGCAAAUUUGCACAUGUGUUUAUGGAACCUGGCAAGUAUGUGUUCGUGGAUAACGCAGUGACAGACUGGAGUCUUAUAGUGGUGGUGAGUGAACCAGGCUCGGAGUGCAGUCCAUCCACAGUCGCGUUUCAUCCUGCGACCCCCGCGCAGCUAGUGCGACACGGCAUCGUAAAACAACACAGCUUAAACCUGCUUCCAGACUGGGGGAUCAUCACAGGGGUUUUAUCUCUUCUGAUGUUGCUAAUUAUAGUGUUGACAACUUCUGCUCUCGUCCUGAGGCCUAAUCGAGCAAACCUCAUAGCUCAGGGGAGGCCGAAACCCAAGUGGCGCAGCUUGGGCGAACCGAGUGUUCCUAUUGAAUAUGUUUGUAAUACAGACUGUGUGGACGGCUCUGAGCCUUUAGGUCUCAGAGGAGUGGGAGAAGGAGCUGAAUCAGAGGAACCUGCUGUGUGCAAAGGAGGUUUUAGAAAUACACUGAUGGAGCUUGAGGAGUUCAAUGUGAAAACGUUGUACGACAAACUUGAAGAUCAAAACUUACAUCUGGCGUCCCAGCUGGCCAAGCAUCGUAAAGACACGCAAGACUUCUACAGGAACAUGUGCCAGCACGUUGAUGCUCUGAGGGACACACUAGAAAAUAUGGAACCCUCAAAGAUGAACCAUCUGAAAAACAUGCUAGACAAUGAAAUGCUGGUGAGAAAAGAAACUACUCAUGCAGAGCCGUGGAUGGGUCUGAUGGGAGAAGUGCUGAAGUCUUUAGAGGCAGUGAUGUGCAGGAUGAAUGCAGAUGUCAUGCAGCAACAAGACAUCAACGCUACAAACAUCCACAGAGAAAGUGAAAGUCACACUGGAUACACUCAAUUUGCAGACAUGACAGAACUCAAAGUGAGGACGGACACAGGAGCAGAUUCCUCAGAUCAAUGCUGUCGUGCAUCAGGUCGCCAGCAGAGCACCGUCCUGUGUGUUAGUGAAGAGGAAUUGGAAACAUUUGUGUCUGUGACACCUCUAUCCAGAACACUGCAGGAGAUCAAGGAGUCACUCCAGAUGCUUGUUCACACACCCAAUCCAGAGGAAGUAAUGUUCAGUCAAGUGGAGAGUGAGCAGACACACUUGAUUCCUGUUGCCCUUGACAACCUUUCCCCACAGCAUUUUGCAGUCUUCCUGUUCGGUUGCCAUGUUGUGCGUCUGCUGCACAGAGACUGUGCUUUCCCCUCUGUUAUUCUGCUAUUGGCUAAGACUGUGCCAGUCUCUCACUGUGAUCACCUACUCGACUACUGCAAUAAAGACUUUUAUUAUGACACAGCCAAUCAAAUUCUGUACAUCCUAGAGAAUAAGCUUCAAAACGCUGGCCAGUUCAUCUCUGUUAUACUGCACACUAUGGCCUAUGUAACCUCAGGUUCAAAACCUCAUGACUUCAUGAAAACCUUUCAUUUGGCCAUAUCAGCAUUAAGCAUGCAGCUUUUUCAUCACUCUUUCACUGAGGACCAGAGGAUGCAGUCGAUGGAUCAGGAGAACACAGAGAAGGCCUUCGGGACAUUAGUGGAGGACUUUGUCAGUGUUAAAAUUCCUGAUGAAACUCAUUUCGCACAACAUCUGCUGGCAGAGAGACUUCAAGCGUAUAAAUACUUCAAGAUAGAGCAGCUCCUGCUGGAUUUAAAACCAACAUUAACAAACAGAAAUGAAGAAGGACAUGGGAAAACCAGACUCAAAACUGACGUUCUGUGUGAAGAAAGAGAAAUAAACAAACUUAAUGAAGUUCACCAGGAACUCUUAUCGAAGCUCCAGAGCUCACCAGAGAAGAAACCAUCUAAGAAAGACCAACCACUGCAGGAUCAAGAAAUGACGGCGGAGCUUCAGACGUCUACAGUGGAACAGAGACUGAAAGAGAUGAAAGAAAGACUUUCUAAACUUACCUCGAGCCAGAAACUGAGUUUUAGUGAAGACACGGCAGCUCACACCAAAGUACAAGCUCAGGAAAACAGCAAGUCAGCAAGCAAACACAAAGCAGACGGCAAUGGAUUAGAAAAACAGACAGCAACAAAACAACAGCAGGGCAAACAUAUGGACAAUGAUGAGGAAAGGGGUAUGACUGCUUAAAAAGUAAUAUAGUAAUCAAUUUGCAAUGCAAUCUGACAUACUGUUGACCUUGAAUAUGUUUUUAGACAUUCAGUUUGUCUAUAACACCAAAUGUGAGCAUUCUGCAUGACCAAUAUAAUAAUUGGAUGACAUUUAAGGGUCCCACAACAAUACAGAAACAUUUUACAGUAGGCCUAGCAUUCAAGUAUUUUGUUUCAAACAUGCAUAGUUGCAUAAAUGUCUCACUAAAUAACAAUCUGUAUUUUAAGUUAAAAUGUUGCUCAUUAAACUCUAUGCGUGUCUGAGCAUAAGUA